CAAAAUGCUCUGCAAAUGCGGUGCAUGGCUGCUUGCUGGCUAGUAACAAAGAAAAGAAAGAAACAAAGAUCCACCAAAAGUCGCGCCAGAUUGCGUGUAUCUCUUGCACGCUCUCCAAUAAAAUGCAACAGCUCUUCCCUGCCUUUCAAAACUUCACAUCCCUCUCCUCUUCAUUCGCCACUCGCUGCAAACAUGUCCAAGGCAUUCUCGUCCAUCAAUCCCCAAGACUACGCUCACAGCCCUGUCCACUACGCCGUCGCUUUAGCUGAUCACACCACUCUUUCUAGGCUCGUUUCUUCUCUCCCGCGCCUCGCCGAUCCUGCCAAUAUCCACACUGAGUCUGACUCUUUUGCUCAGGAGAGACUCGCUGAUCAGAUCUCUGCUGUUCUCGACCGCCGCGAUGUUCCCCACCGUGAGACACCUCUUCAUCUUUCUGUAAGGUUAAAUGAUUCCUUUGCUGCUCGUACUCUCGCUGCUUCUGGUGCUGAUAUAUCUCUUCAAAACUCCGCCGGGUGGAAUCCUCUCCAGGAGGCUUUGUGUCGUCGGAACUCUGAAAUUGCUUCUAUUUUACUCCGUCUUCACCAUCGUUCUGCUUGGGCUAAGUGGCGUCGACGCUUGCCACUUGUCAUUGCUGUGCUUCGCAGAAUGCGAGAUUUUUAUAUGGAAAUUUCCUUUCAUUUUGAGAGCUCUGUCAUUCCUUUCGUCGGGAAGAUUGCUCCUUCGGAUACCUACAAGAUCUGGAAGCGUGACGGGAAUCUCCGAGCAGAUACUUCCCUAGCCGGUUUUGAUGGCUUGAAGAUCCAGCGAGCAGACCAGAGCUUCCUUUUCCUCGGCGACGGUGACCAUAUCCAUAACAUUCCUUCAGGUUCAUUGCUUGUGCUCAACCGUGAUGAUCGUAAAAUUUUAGACGCAUUUGAAAAUGCGGGAGCUCCAAUGAGCGAGUCUGACAUUGCAGGAUUCUGCUCCCAGACCAGCGUAUACAGGCCUGGAAUGGACGUCACAAAGGCUGAACUGGUAGGCAGGACAAAUUGGAGAAGACAAGAAAAGACAGAAUCAGUAGGAGAAUGGAAGGCUAAAGUCUAUGAAGUGCACAAUGUGGUUUUCAGCUUCCGGUCGCGCAAAGUCGCUGAUAGCGAAAACGAAGUCGCUGGGAGCGAGCAGGUUUUACCUUUAGAGCUCGACGAAGAUGACGAUGGAUUUUUAGUCGCUGAGAAUCCGAAUUUUGGGUUCAACGAUGAUAGGAGGAGACACAGUAGUUUUGUGAGGGAGGAGAGAGAGUGGGUGACAUUGGGGAGGAAGAGUGUGGAUAUAAUCCCGUCAUCGUCGUUGUCGGCAAUGUCAGCUCCGCAAAGAAGAUCGGCAGUUACCAUAGCGCCGACGCCGCAGACAAAGGAGAAGGAAUACGUGAGGAGUUUGAGGCCGUCAGUUUGGUUAACGGACCAAUUUCCUCUAAAGACGGAGGAGUUACUGCCGUUACUAGAUAUUUUGGCUAAUAAAGUGAAGGCUGUGAGAAGGAUGCGGGAGUUGCUGACCACCAAAUUCCCGGCGGGGAUGUUUCCGGUUAAGGUGGCAAUUCCGGUGGUCCCUACGGUGAGAGUGGUGAUAACUUUCACAAAGUUUAUUGAGCUACAAUCAACUGAACAAUUCUACACCCCAGUUUCAAGUCCUAGACAUUUUGUUCGUGGAGGAAGAGUAGCAUCAUCAGAGGAUGAUCAGAAAUCAGAUACCCAUUAUUUAUCUUUGCCGUCCACGUCGUCAUCCAUCUCAACCGGGUGGCUGAGGAGAAACAACAGCCAGUCGGCGAGCAAGCAGCACCAGCGUUGCCCUCCUCAUUCAAUGGGGCAACAAUUGGAUCCAUUUACUAUUCCUAGUGGAUAUACAUGGACGAAUGCUGAUGAUAAGUCCAGCAAAAUGAAGAAAUCCAAGUCAGUAAGGAAAUCUAAGUAAUUAUUUGUAUUCAGGGGAAAAAAUUCAAGUAGAGGAAAGAAAGAAGGAAAAUGUUAACCUAAGUUGAUCAUGGAUUCCUUUGUUUUGCAUGUGUAUUGGGCUAUGAGCGUAGAAUGUAGAUAUACGAUAUUCUUAUUGAAAUCAUGGUGGUUGCAGUGUGGUCUA